AUGGGGACCCCAUCGGACAGUCCAGUGGAGGAGGUUAUGUUCGAAAUAGAACCAUCGCGGGUACCCAAACCGAUUCCGGUGGCCCUGGAGGACCUCUGUCGAUUGACCAAAUUCACCAGGCAAGAAAUCAGAAUCAUGUACAGGGGAUUCAAAACGGAAUGUCCUGAAGGAGUUGUUCAUGAGGAUAGUUUUAAAGAAAUAUAUUCAAAAUUUUUUCCACAUGGAAACGCUAGUUUAUAUGCACACUACGUGUUCAAGGCCUUUGAUGUUAACUGUAAUGGAGCAAUUAGUUUCAGGGACUUAUUGAUAUCGCUGUCGACGCUGUUACGGGGGUCGGUGUACGAGAGACUCCGUUGGACCUUUAAACUCUAUGACGUGAACGGAGACGGCUGCAUCAGCAGAGGCGAACUAUCAGAGAUUGUGGUAGCGGUCCACGAACUGAUGGGCAGGAGAGCUCACCAAGUGGAAGAUGACCGCAAGGCCCGCGAACAAAUCGACAGAGUCUUCCGGAAGUUGGACCUCAACCAAGAUGGCGUCAUCACCAUCGAGGAGUUCAUGGAGUCCUGCCUCAAGGAUGACGUCAUCACUAGGUCCUUGCAGAUGUUCGACGCUGUCCUGUGA